UCGGCACCCUCGACCAUCUUCUUGGCAGAACACGACCAGGCAGGCGGCUGUCCCAUGGAGAAGGCCCACGGAAUAUUCGACAAAACGUUGGGGGGGUUCCUAAGGCCCCAUCCGGAUCCCCGAAGCUUCUCAGGCCGGGCUGGCGGGAUGGGAAACAUCAAAACCUUGGGCGAUACAUACCAGUUUGCCGUGGAUGUCAGUGACUUCUCCCCCGAAGACAUUAUCAUUACCACAUCCAAAAACCAGAUUGAAGUGAGGGCUGAGAAGCUAGCAGCUGAUGGGACCAUCGUCAACACAUUCACCCACAAAUGUCAACUCCCUGAAGAUGUGGACCCCACAUCGGUCACUUCCACCCUGGGGGCAGACGGCUGCCUGACCGUCAAGGCAAGGAGAAGUCCAGCCAAGCCAUCGGAGCAAGUGCAGCAAACCUUCAGGACUGAGAUUAAAAUCUGAGCUCCAGGAGCAGUUCGGGAGAGCGGGCAGGGAGCCAGGCUGGGCUGGGUGGGGGGUGGAAAGCAGAUCUGUCCUUGUGUUCCCCGUCAAUAAGAGAUGUUUCGGUUUGUCAUCCAGGGCUGAAGGUUAAAGGGAUGCCGGCAAAGAGCCUAAGCGGGCCAAAGCUGCCCUCCCCCCCUCCCCCUCCAACUCCCUUUGAAAGGGGAAAGAACACCUUUGCUUUUUGCCAGCAAAGGAACAGCAAAGCUGGAAGGCAGCUGGAGCUGAAUUUUCCAGUUCUGCAGCCAGCAAUUUUAACGUUUUGAAGUGUUGACGGGACAUGAAAAAAAAAAAAAAAGAAAGAGGAUGCGAUAUGAAAUUUAUACGAUAGGAAAUCAAUGGAGUUUAACUUAUUUAGGAUUCCUGCUGUACAUCUUGGAAGCAUUCAAAUUAAAAUGUUAACACAUUCAUACAUUAGAUUCAGAUUUCUUUUUCCCCCUCCCUUCCCCGUCCCCGUCUUUGCACCCCACCUCCAAAUCCAGUUACACCCUACAAGCUGAGAGAGAGAGGAAAAAAAAAAACCUGUUCAGGGGAAUUGAAACGAUGUAAAAAAAAAAAAAACCAACAAAUGUAAACUUUUAAUUACAGGAAAAUACUUUCUUCCAAAUCACCCGCUGA